GGGAUAUAUUUUCCCUAAAUCCCAAUUUUACCCCUCUCAUUUCAAAAUUCUCUCUCUCUCUUCGUCCCCUAUUCUCUCAAACCGAAGCCUCUCCAACUCGCAACCCUAACCCCUUCAUCAACCGACGGUGACAGCGCAGCCCAUUCCUCAACCGACGGUGACGGCGCAGCCCCUUCCUUGACCGACGGUGACGGCGCAGCAGAGGACCGACGGUGACGGCGCAGCAAAAAAAUGGCCAAGUCUUCCAAAGUUCCACGACUUUUACUGCCAGUGUCUGAACAUUACACUGGUCGUGUUACUUGGCGGGGCGGUAGUUACUAUUACCCCAAAGUAAAAGCCAAGUUUGUACAAAUGCAGUUGUUGGAAAGGGUGAAGGAGGAAUCCCCUUUCAACAAUUUUUUUGAGAGAGAGCCAUUAGCGUUUUCAGGUGCUCUUAUCCAUCAGCUCUUCAUGCAUAAGAUAAAAUCAGAUAAAGAUGAUGAGGUGCAUUUUUAUAUUGCAAAGAAGAGAUGCCGAUUCGGCCGAACUGAGUUUGCCUUGGUGACUGGGCUUAAUUUGUUACGUGGACCGACUGAGGCUGAGGUUUCGGAGAGGGCGACGUCAGACCGUUUGAUAGUAGAAUAUUUUAAUGGGGAUCCAUCUAUCGACGAUUGGUCGUCGCGCGGCGUCUUUCGAGAGUUGCAACCGAGAAGGAUGAUUGUUACAAAGAAGAACUCGGUUCCCCCAUUUAUCAUUAGAAUGGUUGAGGACCUCCCUUUUUUCUACAAUUACCCGUGGGGGAAAAUUUCUUUCAACUUGUUGAAAGAUACUUGGAGUAAGGACUUCGUACAAAAGAAAAAGCAUAUGGAUGAGAAGAUUGUGAAGGGAACGACUCAGAAGGAGUCAAAGUAUUCGGCCUAUGGAUAUGCUGUAGCAUUGCAGUAUUGGGCUUAUGAGUCCAUCCUCGAGCUUGCUGAGAAAUUUGCAAUCAGAAGAUCGCAUCGCUUUCCCCGAAUGGUGAACUGGGAGAGUAAGGAUGCCCCACUCGGGAAAGAGGAAGUCAUCAGAUUAUUUGCAAAAAAAUUGACAGUGUACUCCGUUUUAUGUCCGCGGAGUAAUGAGGCCGAGUUUUUGAGCCACGUCACUGGAGGUGAGGCGCCUCUAUUUGUGGAUAUGGAAGAAUUGGUUAUUGGCGAUGAUGGCCGGCUUACUCGGGAUAGUUUGCGCCCAAGCUUCAAAGCUUGCACUCACGCUAGAACGGCGAGCGGAGGAAGGCCGGAAUCUUCGGAGAUGAUACACCACCACAUUCUCCACCAUCGGGGGCCCGUUCGUUCCACCGUCUGCCUCAAUGCCCGAUUCUGCAUCUAUGGCGCAGUCAGCAUCUAUUCCCAGCACCUCACAGCCUCAGGUGCCAAUAUCUUCUCGCCAUAUUGGCAAGAUUGGAGCCGUGUUGAAAAGGAACGGCUUGCUUUGAAGCAAGGCCGGUCGAUAUUUUGA